UUCAUUUUUAUACCUUUCCUCAGCUCAGGCGCAUGCAGCAGACGUACCGUUCAUUCUCCGCUGGAUAUUCUCUUUCUCUUCCAUUUUUGUGAAACAAAUUCAAACCUUCACUUUUCUAUUAAAAAAAAGUUGCAAACUUUUCAAACCCCUGUUACCUUAAACCUCUGAUCAAUCAUUUUCCUUCCACAUGAAUUGAUCAUUUCAAAAUAUACCCAUUUGCCAAAAAGGUGAAAUCUUUCUUUAUGGUUUGAGUUGUGAUUUUUGAUUGAAAGUGUGAAAAGAUCGUAAAUUGGGUUGUGGGUCUUUUGAUUUUUGUGUUUUUAGUUGAAAAUUGUUGGUUUAGGGUUUGUUUAUUAAAAUGGGGGGAAUGUCGUCUGAUAAUGUUCAUGGGCUUGUGUUAGCUGUGUCUUCAAGUGUGUUUAUUGGAUCCAGCUUUAUUAUUAAGAAAAAAGGUCUCAUGAAUGCUGGUGCUACAGGAAUUAGAGCAGGUUCAGGAGGCUAUUCUUACUUGAAAGAACCCUGGUGGUGGGCCGGGAUGAUGAGCAUGAUCAUUGGUGAGGUGGCAAAUUUUGCAGCUUAUGCAUAUGCUCCAGCAAUACUUGUAACCCCUUUAGGAGCUCUAAGUAUGAUAAUCAGUGCAGUUUUAGCCCAUUAUUGUUUGGAUGAGAGGUUGCAUAUUUUUGGUGUAGUCGGGUGCGCACUCUGUGUAGUGGGUUCAACCACAAUCGUCUUGCAUGCUCCACAAGAGACUCAAGUUAAGUCAGUUAAAGAAAUUUGGUUCUUUGCAACCGAGCCUGGAUUUCUGGUUUAUGCCUGCAUUGUAUUGGUUGUUGUUGGCGUACUUAUUUACCGUUAUGUGCCACUCUACGGUGGGACCCAUCUGGUCGUAUAUGUAGGGAUUUGCUCUCUUAUGGGCUCCCUCACGGUUAUGUGUGUGAAAGCAGUAGGAAUCGCCAUGAAAUUAUCGUUUUCAGGAAGUAAUCAGUUCGUAUACUUCCAAACAUGGUUUUUCACUGUGCUGCUUUUCGGUUUCAUUCUUACGCAACUCAACUAUUUGAACAAGGCACUAGACACCUUCAAUACUGCUGUCAUUUCGCCGGUGUAUUAUGUGAUGUUUACAAGCCUCACCAUCUUGGCUAGUAUGAUCAUGUUCAAGAACUGGGAUAGUCAAAACGCAUCGCAGAUUAUAUCUGAACUCAGUGGUUUCGUGACUAUUUUCUCGGGGACGUUUCUCCUUCAUAAAACUAAGGAUAUGGGAACUCCAGCAAUACCUUCACAAUCCCCUAAACUUUCAAAUCCAUCAACCAGAAGCCGAAACCAAAGCCCCGUAAGGCCGGACUUGUAAAAUGGCACAGGUUGUUGUGGUGACUGGUGGUUGACCAAAGCUCCGGUGACCCGAGUUCUGAAAUGUCACAUGCUGUUAGAGGGUCUGUGGUAGAUUAAGAUGUUAUUAACAAGAGAGUUGCUAGUGCAUAUAUGGGUAGAUGCUGCUGCUGAGAAGUGAGAACCAUGAGGAUUUGAUUCAUACCUUUGGCUCCUUUUAUUAAAUAUUGAUUAUUAUGAUUUUUUGGCUUACAUUCAUGUGCAUAUUGUGACAAAACUGUUAACAGAUUUUUUGUUUCUUUGUCAAUUUUUAGCUCUAACU